CUGAAGCUAUUUCAUCUUCACAAGCUUCCAAAGGAGGAGAGAAAUAGAGAGAGGAGAUCCAAGAACCCCCUCUCUUUUUAUCUUUCUCUCAGCUCCAUUAGUAGCUAGGAAGGGAGAGAAAUUAGAGCUAUUAACUUCUUAUACUUUCAUGGCCAUCUUCAUCUCUUCUUCUUCAUCUCCUUCUUUUUCUUCUUCUUGUUUUUGUUAUAACCCCAACAUCUAAAUAAAAAAAAAACCCUGCUUUCUAUGGAUUUAUCAUCAUCACUAACAUCAUCAUCAUCAUCAUCAUCUACAUCAUCUUGUUUUGCUUCUUCUUCUUCUUCAAGUGCUACAAUAAGGAAUUUGCAAAAGAUCAACACUGACUUUGAUGGAGAUAAGAUUGAGAGGUGGAGCUGGGAAGGGUUGACGGCAUGAGGAGAUGGUCGGAGCGCGUAACCUCCUCCGGCGGCACUACGACAGCUAUGGUAGCUGUUUUAGUGACACAACAUACAAAGACUUCCACCAGCUCAAGUCUUCCAUGAUAACAAAUUUAAUGGCAGAAGAGAUCUCAAGAACAGGUGGAGGAGAUGAAGAAGACGAAGAAGAAGAAGAAGAAGACGAAGAAGAAGAAGAAGAAGAAGAAGAAGAAGAAGAAGAAGAAGAAGGAACUAGUUCUAAAGAUGUAGAUGAUCAUGAGCCAUGGUUAAGGUUAAGUAUAGGAGGGCAAAGCUCAUCUGAUAUCCCAGCAAGAACUCAAGAAGAAGGUAAUGGUAGUCAAGGGAGAGGAAGGUUAAUGGAGCUUCAGUUGUUUUCAGAUAGGCCAACGGGGGGGCAUCUACAAUCGGUUAGUCCUACAAUAAGGACAGGUAGGACACCGGCCGGAAUGAUGAUACCUUUCUUGCCGGCGGGGGCAGUGAGGCCGUGGGGCUUCUUCACUAGUCAAAGUCCUGUGUUUGCAAGUAGUGGUUCUACGUCUACACCACCACGCUUUGAUUACAGGCCUUAUAUUUACCCACAGUGGAGUUUAGGAUCACCGUCGGUGAUCGCCAGGAGUUCGAUGGCUAGUAGAAUGAGGGUUGUUAGCCCACCAAGACGGCGACAAGCCGGACUUUGGUUUAUGCUUGAGCCAGCUCAAAACCAAGAGAGGGAACCUUUUUUGCCUCAGAUACCUAAGAACUACUUGAGAAUCAGAGAUGAGAGGAUGACUGUCAGAAUGGUGAUUAGAUACUUGGUAAACAAGCUUGGAUUAGAGGAUGAAUCAGAGAUAGAGAUUAAGUGUAGAGGCCAACAGCUUCAUCCUUCAUUGACAUUGCAGUACGUCCGAGACCACAUCUGGUGUUCCCCGGAGAUAGCGGCAGAGGAAUUCCCGGCCACCGCAGCAGAUCAUGUGAUGACUCUGCAGUACAGUAGGCCAAACCAGAUCAUAAUAACCAUGACGACGACCACGAUGACCACAACAACAACAAUGACAUCUCUUGUAUAAUUCAACUGAUUUUUGCUGAUUCCUGCUCUGUUUUUUGUUCUUUCAUCUGAUUCAUUGAGAACAACAGCUUGGAAACAGCAACAACAACCAAAAAAAAACCAAAUUUUGAGGAGGAAGAGAUUGGCAGGAAGCUCACUGUUUCCAAUGCAAUAACUGGGUUUGAAUUUCAUCUGUUCUUGCUUCUCAAUGUUCAAGCAUGAAAUCAUAUCAAGAGAGAGAAAUGGGAUGAGAUUGAGGCGCAGGCCUGGGGAACAUGAUGCGAUGGACAAGAGCAAAAGCCAGAGUUUAUGUGUUUUGGUGAGGUAGUACACACACACCUCAGUGUUCCAGUCCUGCAACACAGAGAGGAAAUAAUUUCAGUGCUGAAAGAUAACAACAAGAAGCUGAAUGCCAUGCACAAGUAGACAUGAAAAUCACAGAGAUGGUUAAAAGAAAAAAAAUAAAUAAAGGGUGGAGAUUUCGGAGAAGAAAACAAAGCUGAAGGCAUUGUUGUCACGAGCCUCUUUCUCGCAUUUUGAUCUGCAGCAGGACUGGUGGAUGGCUGUAAAAAUGCAGAGGUAAUAUAAGUAAUCAAAAUAGAGAACAAAACCAGCUUCAAUCAUGCAAAUUUGACAGUUGUUGUACCAUAAAGGAGGAAAGAAAAGAAUAGGGAGUGUGUCUGAGAGAACUGAAAUCCUGAUCAUGGAGAGACAAAGAAAGUGUGGUUAGAGGACUGCAAACCUUGAGAAGAUACAAAAGUGGCUUCAAUGGUACUCUUGGCGUGCAACACUGUGAUCAUAACAGUCUAAUGUCAAUGUCAAUGCAACCGACAAAAGGAUAAGGAAAUAGAGUCAAGAGAUUCACAUAUAUUAUUUCCAGGUAAAAGACAUAAAUCAAACAAAAGGGGUAUUGGUUCUUCCUUUGGAGAAACCAAAAUGGAAAGAUAGAGUAAAAAUAACACUGUUGUGACUGGCUCACUGAAUGGGAAAAAGAAAUAUAUUCCACUUGUAAUAAUAGCCAGAUGCCUGAACCUCAGCUCCACAGUAGAUCCCGCUUUAAAAGUCCAUCUAGAAAAAGAGUGAAAACAAAAAACCAAAGAUACACAUAACAAGCUCCUUGAAAAAGAAAAAAGCAAGAAUGAAGCACUUACCUGGGCCAAAAUAUUUUGAAAGGGAUUCCUGAUAUCGCGUUGCUUGAAAAAUAUGUAUAUAGAUAGACAAGAAUGUGCUGGUCAUUCCGUCAUCAUACAUCAAACAUCAUGCAUUAAAAGCCGACAGUAUACAUGAAGAAAAAUUGAAGACUGACAAUGCUAAAUUAGUUCUUGCAAUGAGAUAAACUGAAGGUUCUACUUUCACUCAGUUGGUUACACUUGCUUGAAGACAAAAAACAAUAGAAGAUUACUAGAACAUUUAGAUAAACUCUAACAGACAAUGCUCACCGGCACAACUGGAAGCUUAAACCCUAUUCUUCAAGCAAUGGCAACAAAUAACUCUUCCAACUGAUCAUCCAAGAAGAUCUCCCAGCUGAAACAGACCAUGCACCAAGAAGAAAUUGCUUUAUCAGAAAUAUAGCAGUUUUAGUAAGGUCAGAUGCUGCCUGAACACAUCAUUGAGAAUAUAGGAGUUGCAGGAACUGUAAAGUAAACUGCAGCAUGAAUAUGCUUCAUCGGAAUCCAUAACUGUAAUGAAUGAUGUUUGA